GUAACUCAGAACCCUUUAAUGUUUUAUAGGAUGAUUACGGAGACCGGUAGUUUAUAAUUUUAACGCCUUAGAACGGGAGAAAGUUAUUUAUUUUGAUUAUCUAGCGAACAGAAUGUACCACAGGACACUUGCAGUUCGUUUAGCGUAUGGUUCCAUGUCGCUUUUCAUAGCGAUUCUCCACAAUGUGUUCCUUCUGUAUUACGUAGACAUAUUUGUUUCCGUUUACAAAAUUGAUCGUAAUUCUUUUUGGCUCGGAGAGGCAAUAUUUCUAGUAUGGAAUUCUCUGAAUGAUCCACUUUUUGGCUGGCUGAGUGAUCACAGAGCCCUUGGGAAAAAUCAGUCAAGCCUGAGCCAAUCAGAGAUUGUACAAAAACGUUUUAGGUCACUUAUAACAUAUGGACCACUGUUUACACUUGCUUUCUUUUGCAUAUGGUUUCAGUGGUGUCAUCCAUCAAUCCAGUUUGUUAUCUGUCUGUGUUUGUAUGAUGGUUUCUUAACAAUGAUUGACUUGAACCAUCUGGCAUUGCUUGCUGACUUGGCUUUGUCAUCAGAAGAUCGGACUGCCCUUAACUGGUACUGCUCAGUGUUCAGUGGAUGUGGCUCAAUGUCUGUGUUUCUGUCGUAUCGGUUUUGGGAUAGAGACAACAUGGGGCCAUUUCAUGUAUUCUGUGCUAUACUAACAAUCUUCUCCUUAACUGGAUUUCUGGUCAGUUCGUUUUUGCUUAAAAAGCAUUUUGCCACCAAGAAGGUGAAAGUGGACACUCCUGACAUGGAGGAAAGGAAAGACAUUCAAAUUUCCACCGAGUCAGAGGCUGAUCAGACUCUUGAGCUAAAGAUUUUUGUCAAGCAAUUGAUUAAUCAUUCAAACUUUAUCUGGUUUGCUCUCAUGAACUUAAUACAAGUGUUUCACUGCCAUUUCAACAGUAACUUCUUUCCUCUGUUUCUCGACAAGCUACUGGGAGACUCAAUUUCUCCUCAGACAGGCGCCAUUUUGUUGGGUGUGUCCUUUGUUGCUCCUCAUAUCAACAACCUAUAUUUCCUGGGUCUUUGUCGUCGCUUUGGAGUGUACACUGUAAUCAAGUGGCUGUUUUACGUUAAGCUUUCUCUUAGCGUGAUCAUGCUCAUGGUCGGUCCCAAUUGGCCUGGUUUGCUUUGUUUUUACAUAGCGAGUAAUCGCGUUUUCACCGAGGGAACAUGCAAACUUCUUAAUCUGAUCAUCAGUGACCUCGUGGACGAAGACUUUGUUCUUCACAAUCGUAAACAAGCUAUAUCAGCGCUGAUAUUUGGAACUUCUGCACUCUUCUCGAAGCCUGGCCAAACACUAGCUCCUCUGAUAGGAACAUGGCUUCUGGCGAAACAAACAGGCCAUUCUCUCUUUUACUCAGACGAUCUUUGGGCGUCUUCAUCCACCGACAGAACUAAUUUCCACGACAGUGCAAAUAGCUCUUUACGCUGGGGCUGCUUUUAUGUACUUGUUUACGUGCCUAUUGCGUGCGCGUGUAUUCAGAUCCUCGCGUGGACGAGGUUUAAACUUCACGGAAGCAGAUUGCAAUGGGUAAAACAAAUGCGCGAAGGACGCUGGUUCCCUUUUGCAGAGGUGUAGAAAAUUUUAGAAAAAAAGAGGGUUUUAAGUAAUAUGCUGUAAAUAAAACCAGAGAAAUUGUACUGGCGAACAAGGGCAAACGUAGCUGUUAUUUUAAAAGGACUCAGUAAGGAGUCAAAUCAAAUAGGCACAAAUGGAGCCAGCGCACUGGAUUUUCAGGCGUUUUUUGCUCUCCGUCGUGUUGUUAUUUCUGAGAAAUGAAUUAUGAAAGAGAGGGUAACAAGUUAUUUCUUAUCAAGAUAAAUAUAUUUUGGACAUUCUUGUUAUAAAUAGAAGGGUAUAUAGAAUACAAAGUAUCUUAAUGAACACAGUAGUUUUUCUUUAAA